AGGUCUCCCUCUAAAGCAACAUUAAAACGUUUCUCAAACUCGAAAGUCUUGCGUACGUACAUAUUUCUCUGGUCAAAUUCAAAUCCGCGAGCCAAACACACAGGAAAGGCAAACAAAAACCGGCGAAGAUGGCGGGGGCAAUCUCUGGCCUCGCGUACCCCGACCGGUUCUACGCGGCGGCGGCUUACGCUGGCUUCGAAGGGUCUCCUAAUCCCAGCAACAAGGACGUUGUCUCCAGGUUCUCCAACGACACCGCUUUGAUCCUCUACGCCUUAUACCAGCAGGCUACUGUAGGUCGUUGUAAUGUUCCGAAACCGAGUUUGUGGAAUCCUGUUGAACUAGGGAAAUGGAGAAGCUGGCAGCAGCUUGGAAACAUGGUUUCUACAGAAGCUAUGCGUCUCUUCGUGAAGAUAUUGGAGGAAGAAGAACCAGGAUGGUUUUCACGAGCUUCUAACUCUAGCUUGGAGCCUGUUACAGAUGUACAAAUGAAUCAUAAUUCAAAUGUUGAGCCCAUCAUCGAGAAUGGGAAUUCUUUCGCUGAGAUAAUGACAAUUACUGCUGAAAAUGGAGGAGUGAUGGAAACUCAGGACAAAGAUUUUGUAUCAGAAGGCCUUGGUUUGGUUGUUGUAUAUGAUCAAUGGAUUUCACCUCCAAUAACUGGUCAACAUCCUAAAGGCCGAUAUGAGCAUGCAGCAGCAGUUGUGGAAGACAAGAUGUAUAUACAUGGUGGAAAUCACAACGGUCGUUACCUAAGUGACCUUCAUGUUUUAGAUUUGAGAAGUUGUACAUGGUCAAAGGUUGAAGAUAAGAUUGGAUCUAAGUCGGUGGAACCUCCAUCUACUGUAAAUAUAAUCCCUUGUGCUGGUCACUCAUUGAUACCUUGGGAGGACAAGCUUCUUUCAAUUGCUGGCCAUACAAAGGAUUCUUCUGAAACUAUCGAGGUGAAGACAUUUGAUCUGCAAACCGGCACAUGGUCAACAUUGAAAACUUAUGGAAAAGCACCGGUGGCUCGUGGUGGUCAAUCUGUGACCCUCGUUGGAACAAUCUUAGUAAUAUUUGGUGGACAGGAUGCAAUGCGAACGUUCUGGAAUGAUCUACAUAUACUUGACCUAAAAACCUUGACCUGGGAUGAAAUUGAUCCUGUGGGGGUACCUCCCUCACCGCGGUCUGGACAUGCUGCUGCAGUACAUGCAGAGCGUUAUCUUCUUAUUUUUGGUGGGGGUUCACAUGCUACUUGCUUCAAUGAUUUGCAUGUCUUUGAUUUGCAAACUAUGGAAUGGUCAAGACCCAGACAACAAGGUGAGUUACCCACUCCCAGGGCUGGCCAUGCAGGAGUGACUGUUGGGGAGAACUGGUUUAUUGUUGGUGGUGGGGACAAUAAAAGUGGGGAAUCCAAAACUGUUGUGCUUAACAUGUCAACCUUAACCUGGUCAGUUGUGACAUCAGUUGAAGGGCGCGUUCCUCUUGCUACUGAGGGUUUAAGUCUGGUCGUAGGCUCGAUUAAUGGGGAAGAUAUACUUAUAUCUUUUGGAGGAUACAAUGGGCGCUACAACAAUGAGGUUAAUGUUCUUAAGCCAAGUCACAAGUCAACCUUGCAAUCAAAGAUGAUAGAGGGUCCUGUUCCGGAUAGUGUCGUGACAAAUCCUACCAGAGAUUUAGAAUCCGAGCUUGAUGUUGAUCAAGAAGGAAAAGUACGAGAAAUUGCCAUGGAUAAUUUUGAGCCCAUGAAAUCCAAAGGUGAGGAGACUGGCGAGCACAUUCUAGCAAUGCUCAAGGCAGAGAAGGAAGAACUAGAAUCAUCACUCCACGAUGAGAAAUUGCUGUCUGUCCAGCUAAAGCAAGAACUAGCAGAUGCAGAGUCUCGAGACACAGAUCUGUACAAGGAGCUCCAAUCCGUACGUGGUCAACUUGCCUCCGAGCAGUCAAGAUGUUUCAAAUUAGAGGUGGAUGUUGCGGAACUGCGACAGAAGGUUCAGGUAAUGGAAACACUAGAGAGGGAACUCGAACUCCUGAAGCGACAAAAAGCCGCAUCCGAACAAGCUGCCUUGAAUUCAAAGCAGCGGCAGGGCUCAGGUGGCCUAUGGGGUUGGCUUGCAGGGAGCUCUCCACAAAGCGAUGACGAAGCUGAAAGCCUGAUUUAAUAGUGCUUGCAGGAAAGUGAUACCUGGUGCAAUGUUCUAUCCACAUGGUCGUGUAUUCGAGCCAUGGAAACAGCCUCUUCCUGCAAAAAAGCUGAAAGGUUGCAGACCUCAAGCCUCCCCCAGAUCUUACAAUGGGAACCAUAUGCAUUGGGUACAAUUUUUCAUCAAAAUUUGGGUAAAAUAUACGUUUUUUUUAUUCUACUAAACCUGGUUCUUUCUAUGAUCGGAAUAAGAAGUCUAGUUAGCUCAAGUUAAUG